CACACACUCCUUUCUCUCUCUUCCUUUCUUCCUUUCUCUCUCCAAAAGCCCUCACAAACCCUUCCCAUUCCAUUCCAGAUUCAAUUCCCCUUUCUCUCUCUCAAUCCCCGCAAGAAACCCUCAUUUUCCAUCUCAACAUUCCCCAACAGACAAGGAACUGCGAAAAAUCCUCGCUGCCGGCGCCGAUUUUCAGAUUUCUGUUCUGUAUGUGUUUGUUAUCAUCCUCAAUUGCUCGACGCUUGCUUCUGUACAUAACGUGAGAUUUUGUGGGAAGAAACUCUAGAAUUUUCUCUAACCGUGCCGGAAUCGAGGAAUUGAGGAGUCGCUUGCUGUUGUUUCGGCUAGAGUUGAGGUUUAAUGGCAUCGAUUUUCGCGUUCAUCGCCGUCUUCUCGCUGUUGGCCGCCGCCGGAGACUGCCAGUCCGGCGACGCGGCGGUUAUGCAGGAUUUGAAGAAGAACUUGAAGGAUCCGAGUCAGCUCGGGUGGGCCGACCCGGACCCCUGCAAAUGGAAGCACAUCCAGUGCAACGGCGGGCGGGUGACCCGGAUCCAAAUCGGCGAGCAGAAUCUAGAAGGAUCUCUCCCGCCGGGCAUCAACACCCUCACCGAACUGCAAGUCUUCGAAGUCUUCCGCAACAAUCUCACCGGCGCUCUCCCGACCUUCUCCGGCUUGAAAUCUCUGCAGAGCCUUCUCCUCAACGACAACAAUUUCGCCUCAAUUCCGCCGGAUUUCUUCGACGGUAUGGUCUCUCUUCAAGCUGUUUUUCUCGACUCCAAUUCCUUUGCCCCCUGGACAAUUCCGGCGUCGCUUCAAAGUGCGUCUGGAUUGCAAACGUUUUCCGCCGUCCGAACUAAUCUCCGCGGCCCCAUACCGGAAUUCCUAAGCGCUGAAAAGUUCGCCAGUUUGACUAAACUGUAUUUAUCGUAUAACAAUCUCGAAGGUCCGUUGCCGGCGACGUUCGCCGGCUCUUCGAUACAGUCCUUGUGGCUGAACGGCCAGCAGAGCAGUUCGAGACUCAAUGGCUCCAUUACUGUAUUACAGAACAUGACUCAGUUAUCUGAAGUCUGGCUGCACGGAAAUUCCUUCACCGGACCUAUACCAGAUUUGUCCGGCUUAAUACAGCUGCAGAAUUUCAGUUUAAGAGACAAUAGUCUUACAGGUCCGGUGCCGGAAACCUUGGUAGGAUUGAAAACGCUCAUGACUGUGAAUCUAAGCAACAAUAUGUUGCAGGGGAAGUAUCCUCUGUUCAGCAAAUCAGUUCAGGUCGACUUGGCGCCGAACAGCAACAGUUUCUGCACGAAUACUCCCGGAGCCGAAUGUGAUCCACGGGUGAAUGAUUUGCUCGCAGUGGUUCAUGAUUUCGGCUAUCCAGCCAUGUUUGCCUCAAGCUGGAAAGGGAAUGAUCCGUGUGGUUCUUCAUGGAAGGGGAUUACCUGCAACAGUGGGAAUAUCACUGUCAUAAAUUUCCAUGGAAUGGGACUUGAUGGAACUGUAUCUCCGAGCUUCGCGAGAAUCACUUCGCUGCAACGAUUGGUUCUGUCCGGUAAUAACUUGACGGGAACGAUUCCAAAUGAGCUGACCCAAUUGCCGAAUCUUGUCUUGUUGGAUUUGUCAAACAAUAACAUUUAUGGAAAAGUUCCAUCAUUUAGGGAUAAUGUGGUGGUGCAGACUAGCGGAAAUUUGAAUAUCGGGAAAGAUGCUCCUCCUCCGACUGCACAAGGUGGAAAGGGGAAUCAGCCGGGGUCGAAUCCGAAAGGAGAUGAUUCAGGACAUGAUAAGAAAACGUCGUCUGGAGUGGUUGUAGGCACAGUAGUAGGGGGAGUUUGUGUGUUGGUUGGCGCAGGGGUGUUAGCCUUAUGCGUUUACCGAGCUAAGCACAAACGUACCGGAAAAGUCCAGUCUCCCCACACAAUGGUUAUCCAUCCUCGCGACUCAGGUUCCGACAAUGCUGUCAAGAUCACAGUUGCUGGUUCGAGUGUCAAUGGAGGCGGUGGUGCCAGCGAGACAUACAGCCAUGGAAGUGGCGCAACGAGUGACAUUCACAUUGUCGAGGCCGGUAGCAUGGUGAUAUCCAUCCAAGUCCUGCGAGAUGUGACCGACAAUUUCAGCGAAAAGAACAUACUCGGAAGAGGCGGCUUUGGAACUGUUUACAAGGGAGAGCUCCCCGACGGGACUCAAAUUGCUGUCAAGAGGAUGGAAUGCGGCGUGAUUAGUGAGAAGGGGUUGGCCGAGUUCAAAUCCGAAAUUGCUGUCCUUACAAAAGUUCGGCACAGGCAUUUGGUCACUCUUCUCGGAUAUUGCCUGGACGGAAACGAGAAGCUGCUAGUGUACGAGUACAUGCCUCAGGGGACACUUAGCAGGUUUCUAUUUAACUGGAAGGAAGAAGAUUUGAAGCCCCUUCCAUGGUCGAAAAGGCUGACUAUCGCGCUCGAUGUUGCCAGAGGUGUCGAGUACCUCCAUAGUUUAGCUCAGCAGAGUUUCAUCCAUAGGGAUCUUAAACCGUCGAACAUUCUUCUUGGAGAUGAUAUGAGGGCUAAAGUUGCAGAUUUUGGUUUGGUUCGCCUCGCACCUAAUGGGGAUGUUUCAGUUGCUACCAGAUUGGCCGGGACUUUCGGAUAUCUUGCUCCCGAAUAUGCAGUGACGGGCCGAGUGAGUACCAAAAUCGACGUGUUCAGCUUCGGGGUAAUCCUAAUGGAGACGAUCACUGGCCGGAAGGCUCUAGAUGAAACCCUUCCGGAAGAAAGCCAACAUCUUGUGCCGUGGUUCAGGCGAGUGCUUGUCAACAAGGACACUUUCCGUAAAGCUAUCGAUCCGAACAUGGAUGUCGAUGAAGAAACUCUUGCCAGCAUCAGCACGGUUGCAGAGCUAGCUGGCCAUUGCUCAGCCCGGGAGCCCUAUCAGCGGCCCGACAUGGGACAUGCUGUCAACAUCCUAUCUUCCCUAGCGGAGCUCUGGAAACCCUCCGAGCCUGCAGACCCGGAAGAUGCCUACGGAAUCGACUACGACAUGACGCUGCCGCAGGCGGUGAAGAAAUGGCAGGCGCUGGAAGGCAUGAGUGGAGUCAGCGGGUCGUCUUACAUCGGAAGCAGUGACAACACUCAGACGAGCAUUCCGACUCGGCCUUCAGGGUUUGCGGAUUCGUUCACGUCGUCGGAUGGCCGGUAAAAAAGAUGGAAUAUUGGCUGAGGUUUGAUUCUUGACUUCGAUUACCACCUUUUAUGAUUAUCGUCCAUCGUUGUUAAUGAUCAGUGAGUGAAGUGAGAUAUUUAUUGUAGUAAUUUAGGGAUUUCAUGUGGUUAGAGAUGAUUAUGAUUAUGAUGCAUGCAUGCCCAUUUUUAUUUGAAUCUGAAGCCAAUUUCUGUGUGUCUA